GGGAUGCAUGUUGCAUUGCAAGCAAUCAAAGUAAAUAUAUGUAGACCAUGUAAAUGAAGUCAGGUGAAUAUAUGGCCGUAUCUUACUUUCAAAAUGCCUGACACUUCCUUUUCUUUUUGUCCAAUCACAGGUAAUAUCCUAAAGGAAUAAUUUUCCCGAGUCCACGGUAAAACAGCAUUUCAUGUGAAGUCUACUAGAACCACAUAGCACUAUGGAUGCAACAUCAGAUGCAGAAUUGGCCCGUCUAAUGCAGUUAGAAUUUGAUAGUGAAACAGCUUCAGAGAUAGCUGACGUUCAGCCAGUAUCAUCCACCGACAGGCGCACAUCAGGAAUCAAACCCAUUGGCAUCGUAGAUCAGAGAUGGGAGCUCAUCGACCCCAUCCCAGACGUGAGAGCCCUGUUCUUACAGUUCAACGAUCAGUUCUUCUGGGGUCGGCUGGCAGGGGUAGAGGUCAGAUGGAGUCCUAGGAUGACCUUAUGUGCUGGAGUAUGCUGCUAUGAAGGCUAUGGUGGUCUCUGCUCCGUUCGUCUCAGUCAGCCUUUGUUAAAACUCAGACCAAGAAAGGAUCUUGUUGAAACUUUAUUGCACGAGAUGAUCCAUGCCUAUCUGUUUGUCACAAAUAACAAGGACCAUGAUGGCCACGGACCUGAAUUUUGCAAACAUAUGGAUAGAAUCAAUACAGCUACUGGUACUCAUAUUAGUAUCUACCACACCUUCCAUGACGAGGUGGAUUCCUACCGCCAACACUGGUGGCGCUGCGACGGUCCUUGCCAGAAGCGGAAGCCCUACUUUGGCUACGUGAAGCGAGCGAUGAACAGGGUCCCCUCCCCCAGGGACCCAUGGUGGGGUGAACAUCAGCGCUCCUGUGGAGGGUCUUACACCAAGAUCAAGGAGCCAGAGGGGUACGGGAAGAAGAAGGGAGGAAAGAAGGGUCAAGAAGGAGAAGUAAGCAAGGAGCCUACCAAUAUCAAAGAUGAGCCAGGGAAGCAAGGAACAGACAUCAGGAAUUUUAUCGCUUUCUCUGGAAAAGGGCAGUCCCUUGGAAGGCCUGCAACAUCAACUCCUCCAGCAUCAUCAUCAUCAUCAUCCUCAAAAGCAAUUCCUCUACCAAGACUCCCAACUUCAAUUUCCUCAUCAGGCUCUGCAUCCAGUUUCGCCACAAGUGACAAACUUGGAGGACAGAAUAAAGAGCGGAAGAUAUCGUCAGACAGUAAAGAUAUAUCUUCUUUCUUUACUAAGAAGGGGUCCGAUGAGUCUGCCAAAAAAACAAACGCAUCAACAAAUAACUCUGGCCCUCCACAUCGCACCAACACAUCUACAUCGGUAGGUGGUUUUCAAAAGAAGCCCAGAUUCACUCCCGUUGUGGCAACGGCUAGUGGUCGUGUUGUGAAUGAUACUGAUAACUCUGAUACAUCUGGCGGGAAAGCACGCGAGUCUGGACAAACGACUAAGGGAAAGCAAUCAGAUUCUACUGUUCCCAGUAGGACUGGAAGGUUUAUACCAGUUGUGUCUGCUGUGGGAAGAAAAGAAGGGGAUCAUGCCGCAAAGUAUCCUGGCGAAUCAUCGUCAAAGGGAAAGGAAUCAGAUUCUACUGUUCACAGUAGGACUGGAAGGUUUAUACCAGUUGUAUCUGCUGUGGGAAGGAAAGAAGGGGUUCAUGCUGCAAAGAAUCCAGGCGUAUCGUCGUCUUUUAGCAAAAGUUCGAUUGGGACAGAUAGCAUAGGACAUAGUAGGGAACAGAACAAGCCCUCUUCAUCAUCAGGCAAAAAGACACAAUCAUCAACAAGGAGAGUUGAUGGAGAAAGGACUCCUUUAGGUUACGAUCAGGUAGUAAGGACUCGAGAGGGGAUAGCUAGGGGAUCAAGUGAGGGAAACAAGAAGAAAAGAGCCAGACUUGCGGAUUUGCAAGCCAUCUUCGAUAGUGAUUCUGAUGAUGAUGAAGCAAUGAACAGAUCAUCAAAGUGUCCCAGAUAUUCUAAUGAAAAUAGCAUUGAGGAUGAUAACGAUGCGAUUCUUGUUGAGGAUGAAUUGACUAGGGAACGAGUGCUGGUUCAAAUAAGGAAAACAGUCCAGCACUCCACCGAAAUCCAGCAAGUGAGCGAGGGGAUAUCUAUAUCCAUGGAGAUAGCGAUGAUGAGGAGGAUGUGGUUGCCAAGCCAACCAGUAAUGGAUUCACCACUGGGAUAUGGAAAGAUUUAAGCCACCUGUCUUCUGGAAGUUCUGGUAACCAGAUUACAGGGAACAGGCGAUUUGGUCGAGUAACGCCCCCUCUAUGGGGAAAUCAAAGGGGAAAACAAUCCGGGGGAGCAAAGUUGGCCAAACGCCUCCUCAGUCCUCAUUCUGUGAGCAUCCCUGGCAGACGGCUGCACGGGAGAGCGACAAGAAGGCAUCGGCAGCGGUCUCCAGGGUAACCGGUGUGGGUGGGGUCAUCAACCUGACUGCAGAGGAUGAGGAUGUUAGACCAGUGGAGCAGGUUGGACCAAAGACAGUGCCGUGUCCUGUGUGCAACCUUCAGAUAGAAGAGAACAAGAUCAACUCUCAUCUUGACACGUGUCUCACAUUCAACUGUGACACCUUAUUUUCUCCUUGACAAUCGUCAACUCCUGGAAAAAAGUAUUCAAAAUAUUGUGCCUUGUGAUGACUUUUUACAUCAUGUACAUUUACCUUUUCCAAAUUUCCUAUGUAUACUGUUCACUUGUAUUCCAAGUCUUCCUUAGAGUAGACUCUGUUUAAAAUGUACUUGUGAAUUCUAAAGCCAGAAAGUUUAGCAUGCAUGAAACGUCAUGAAUUUUGUGAGUGAUCAAGAUUCUUAACAGUUUCAUACCAAAAAAUCAUUCACUCACAUUCACAUUUAUCACUACUAGACAUUUUGGCUAAAGUUUUCUGGCCUAAAAAAUGGCUGUCAUAUAAGCAAAAGUUUAUUUUGUGAGAUUUUAUAGUUUUAAAGUAGUUGAAAAUGAUUUUGAGAUGAGAUGUCGUCUCAAAUAUUCACUCUGUACAAAACCUCCAAUGUAUCAAACCAAAGAAUGUAGAUUGCUUUAAAAGAACCAACUUACCAGAACAUACCUUGGCAGCUGCAAAAAUAGUAAUGUAAAGCUGAGCUAAAACAAGAUAUUUAUAUUUAAAAUUGAGCAGAUUUACAGCAGGACUCCACACUAACUUAGUAUGGGGUCUGGAUUAUAAUCUUUAGGGCCUGUAUCCAUGAGCCUUAUGUGAAUUUUUUUCAAUUUGGGCUUAGGUGCCCGUGUGUCCUCAGCGUUUGUUAGUAUUUAGUGAGUUACAGUAUAAGAUGUUCAUAAUCUGCUGUCCAUAUUUCAAACAGUUUUGUAAUAUUUGUAUUAAUGAUCCCUAGAUGUGAUGUAAGUGAGAAUUCAAUGUAUUUAGUUAUCCCCCUUUUUUGUCUACAUUAAAGCUUGUCUAUACUAGUUUGGCCAGGAGCGAUUAGACCAUCCAGCGUGGUCACUUACAGGUGGCUAUCUCAUCAACUCAGCUCUCAAUUAUCAUAAGAAAAAGAGGAUCAC